UUCCAAACUUACGGUUCAAGAUUUUGUUUUUGGACAUUCAUCACUUUCUUGAUAAUGUCUAAAGUAAAGCUUAACCUGAUCGCUGCAGCGUGUGAAAACAUGGGUAUUGGAGCGAACGGAACCCUGCCUUGGAGAUUAAAGAAAGAAAUGGCGUACUUCACAACAAUGACAACCAAAGUCACAUCUCCCGACGGCGUGAAUGCAGUAAUAAUGGGCAGAAUCACUUGGGACUGUAUCCCGGGCAAAUAUAGACCGUUGCCCAACAGGGUAAACAUAGUCAUGACUCGGCAGGUUGACAACCUGAAGAAUAAGGUCCCUGAAGGUGUAAUAGUGGUUCCAAGCUUGGAUGAGGCUAUUAAGUACAUAGACAGCCGGCCGGACAUCGAGAGCACUUGGGUCAUAGGAGGAUCAUCCAUAUAUCAGGCAGCCAUGGCGCACCCAAACUGUGGCAAGAUCUAUCUGACAGAGAUUCAGAAGUCAUUUGCCUGCGACACUUUCUUCCCAAACAUUGAUAAGCAGCGGUUCCAUCUGGUUAAUGAGGAUGAGGUCCCUGAGGACCGGCAGGUCGAGGGAGACAUCAGCUACUUCUUUAGGGUUUAUAAGAGGCUCUGA